AGUUGCGAACCCACCUCGAAGGAAAUGCGCGUUUCCUUAGUUACCUUGCAGCAGUAUAACAACAGUUCAAUCGAUUUUUCAUUCAGUUCAAGACCAGCGACACCGGGCAACAAUCAAUAGGAAAACAAUAUGGUACUCAUUGUCAUGUUACAACCUUUUAUUGCAUGUUUUUUUUAGCAGGAAAUGAUCCGGUUACACGCUAGUUUUAGUUAUUUUGUGGAGAGCACGAAUAGAAAUCAGCUACAAGGUUAAUGAAGUACCAAUAGUUACAAUAGAAUCAAAGCUUACUCGUGAUAUAAUUUAUCAUUUUUCAUAGGCUUUUCGUCAAGGUUACUAUUUCUUUGUGUUGACUAUUGUUGUUGUCACCAUUUUGAAUACUUCGGUUGUUGAAGGUAAUAAUUUUUUAACGAAUUUUAAAGCUUAUGACUUGAUAAAAAUGUUGCCUCAGCCCGAAAGUCUAUUUUUCAUGUUUUUUUGUACAGAUCAAGGAAAAUGUAAUGUUUGUGAUUGUAGACCAAGGAAGGUUUAAUGUUUUCGUACACAGAUCAAGGAAAGUGUAAUGUUUGUGAUUUCAGACCAAGGAAGGUUUAAUGUACUUGUGCACAGAUCAAGGAUGGUUACAUGUUUUUGGGUGCAGAACAAUAUAGUUAGAUUGCAAUGUAGUUUGAAAUCAUUUUUUCGAUUCUGUCUCAAGGUGUGCACGCUGGGUUAUGAAUACAUAUAUUUGCUGAUUUCAUUUUAGGUUCUUGCUUUACAUCACGUCUAAGGUGUUCUCGUUGGGGUCGGUGGUUCACUGGAAAACUGUGGAAGAACUGCAAUGAUUAGUAAGUAUCGAUUGAUUAUCAUUACGGUUCGAAACCGCCUUAAAAUCACAUUGCCUUUGAUAAAAUUUUCCAUCGUUCGAUUACUGAUUUAUAAGGAGCCUGCACUAGAGCUAGACAAAGGAAGCGAGUCAGCUAGUCAAGACAGCAUAAAUAGCAAUCAAGACACAAUCAAAAUAACAUCAAGUAUGCAUGAUGAGAUAUGAUAACAAACACGCCUGUAUAAAGUAACCACGAGUGAAACAAGGUUUGAUCAAUUAAUCACGAGCCUUACCACAAACCUCUAGAGUGGAACUUAGAGAUCAGAGCUGGCUUCCAGUAGGUUGGGUUGGGGUCAACUACAACGUUGUUUUGAAACUAUGUACUGAUGACACUGAAACAGCAUGAUAAAAUUUUUUAUAAUCAUUUUCAUUUCAAUGCUUUUGCAGCUGUAUUGAGCUGGGUUACUAUGGAGGAAGUUGUCAGAUCUGUCGCAAGACUUGUUGGCUGAGCAGCAAAGCUUACCGUUGCAGAUGUUUUGGAACCGGACUCUGUUAGUGCUGAUUGGCUUGGAACAUUGCGCCUUUUAACUCAGGAUAAAAUUUAAAGAUUUGCUUGAAGUAUAAAACUUCCUAUAACAUGG